UUGUAAGUUACCUCCAAUUUUGCAACUUCAACUGCCGAAAGGUGGAACGGACGGGCGCAUGAGUCAGCAGCUGUACAGUAGGCUCGUACAGUAAGCCAAGAAAAUACCCGUAGAUAUUCAGGGACAAUCCAGAGGCCCCAGUUCCAGCUGAAGAAAAUCAAAAUGUGAUGCUGCCUCCACCAUAUUUUCUUCACUUGAUGAUGACUGUCUUCACUGUGUUCCAUGGCAUGGAUCCCUCCAGAGUUUCCCGUUUGGUUAAGCCAUUCUCAGGCACUUUCACAGGACGCCCACCCAAACAUUCUCAACCCCCGGAGACAGUACAGUUGGACAGCACUGAAAAUGACAAUCAUGCUGGUUCAACCAACUUCACAUGUGUGGGAUGAAUCCACCUUGGCUUCCUGUCAGUGACAAGGAUAAUAUGAUACAGUCCCUCAAACUUUGGCUGUAAUGGUGUUUGCAAGUGCUGUGGCUUGGUGACAAGAACCCACUGUCCUGGAGCCACGUUGUGACCACCAGGUCCAGGUUCCUCCCCGAAUGAGAGAACAGGCAACAAGAAGAAAAGUCACCACUGUGUGGAGUUACCUGAGUGUUGCGCAAUCCCUGAUACAUUGGCGGAGAAGUUCAGUUAUAGCUGUCCAUACUGUGAGGCUGCGUUCACCACAAAGGUCCACCUGCAGAAACACAAGCUUUGGAAUCAUUCAGAGAGGGUCAACAAGGAGAGCAAGAUAGCAGUCACCAUGGAGCCAAUGGCUGAGCUGAAAGCUAAGCCCAAACUGCUAUCAAACCCUGUAAAUUCUAAUAAGAGAGUGUGUGGGCCUUGUCGCAGGCCUAUGAAGAACAGUUCUUCAUCACGAGUCUUUUUAAAAAUAAAAAAGACCCAGGAAAUGUCCCAGCCCUCACAGAAUGGUGAGCGCACUGACCAGAGGACAGAGAAAACCCAAGAGUCCAGCUCCAAGCAACAGCAACAAAAGGAAUCUCUAUCAGAUGCUUGGUGCAGUGAAAGCAGGGAAAGCACUUUCCCUGAAGAAGACCCAGAAAGAAUGAAGCAUAAGCUAGGGAGAAAACAGAAAACACCAAAGAAGUUCACUGGGGAGCAGCCCUCCAUCUCUGGAACAUUUGGCCUGAAAGGGAUGAAUAAGGUGGAUGAAAAGCUGAAAGUAUGCAGGACAAAGCGACCAGAUGGGGCACAUUUCAAUGAGUCCCAGAAGAAGCAACUGACCCCAGUCCCAGCCAAAAGGGAAUGGCACUGCUAUCGUCAGGCACCACCAAUUGAUUGUGAGGCACAGGAUGCCAUAUUGGAGAACAGUGAGGUGUCCUGCUCCACUUGCUCUGCUGUCAUCAACAAGACUUUUCCUGGCUUCAAAAAACACUUGAAGAUCUGUCAAAAGGCAUCCAUCAAUGAAGAAACUGAGUUGGAUAGUAUAAUGGAGGAAGAGAAAGAGCAGCCUGCCACUGACAAGGCAAAACCAGAUCCAGCCCUUAUGAAAAUAAAGAAAAGACUGGAGGAGAAGGGUAAAAAUAAAAAGAAUGCCAUAAUGGAGCCUGAGGAGUUGUUGGACCUAGAGCGCACUCCCAGUGGCAGGGUGAGGAGGCGAUCUGCUCAGGUAGCUGUAUUCCACCUGCAGGAGAUUGCAGAGGACGAACUUGUUAAGGAUUGGGGAGCAAAACGUCGCAUCAAAGAUGACCUUGUCCCGGAUAUUAAGAGGCUAAAUUACACACGACCUGGCAUUCCCAAAUAUAACCCUGAAACCUUGGAUACUUGGAAAAAUGAAGUGAAGGAAAAAGGGUUCAUCUGUUGUCCCAAUAGUAGCUGUGAGGCCAUUUAUUCAAGUGUAUCAGGACUCAAAGCUCAUCUUACCAGCUGUAUCAAGGGAGGUUUCAUUGUAGGGAAGUAUACAUGCUUAUUGUGCCAGAAGGAAUUCAGCUCUGAGAGUGGGGUAAAAUACCACAUUUGUAAGACACAUGCUCAGAAUUGGUUUCGAGCAACAGGCCAAGUGUCUAAAAGCAAGACCAAAGAUUCACAGAGCAAGAAGCUACAGAAAGACCUGAAAAAUGGUGUACCCUGGAAGAAAAGGGGUCGAAAGCCCAAAGAACAUCUUGUUGAAAGAGCCUCCAUCCGAGAAAAGACUCUGAAAUGUAGUGUUGGGCCUUCCAUGAAUCACCAAACUUUAAAUCCAAAUAAAAGCCUAACACCCAUUCAAACACCGAGUCAGAACUCAGCCUGCAUCACCCCCAACAAUACCUUAACACCAACAGAUGGUAAAAAUGUAACCCAAAAUAGAGAUUUGUGGCCCCCUGUUAAGAAAAGAGCCAAGCCAAAGAAAGCACCACUCACAGAAUAGCAUGGCUUUCAUCACUUCAAUUCUAGACAGGAUGCAGUUAGCAAUUGCCUGUAAACAAACAAAAUAAUAAAUAUAAUAAUAAUAACAAAUAAUCAGUAAUCAUUUCUGUUGUUAAAUAUUAAACUUACAAUGAUAUAAUGAAAUAGCAUAUAUACAGUACUGUGCAAAAGUUUUAGGUAGGUGUGAAAAAAUGCUGUAAACAAAGAAUGCUUUCAGAUAUAUAAAUAAUGAGUGUUUAUUUCUGUCAAUUUACAAAAUGCAAAGUAAGCAAACAAAAGAAAAAUCUAAAUCAAAUAAAUAUUUGGUGUUACUACCUUUUGCCUUCAAACCAGCAUGAAGUGAUAGCAUGGAGCCCUGAUGUGUCGAGUGUGUCUGGGAUUACAUGAAGAGACAGAAGGAUGUGAGAAAGCCUACAUCCACAGAAGAUCUGUGGUUAGUUCUCCAAGAUGUUGGGAACAACCUACCAGCCGAGUUCCUUCAAAAACUGUG